CCGUCCUCAGGAUCUCCCGGAGCUCUUGCUCUGCUCCAUGUCUCCUCUUUGUCUCUCCGUGUUCCUUUUGAUCACCAUUAAUCGAUAGAGGAUUGUUUUGAACUCCUUGCUUUACAUUUAAGCAGACUUGAGAGUAGGGAGAUGAAGUACGUUUUGGUUACAGGUGGCGUGGUUAGCGGGCUGGGGAAGGGGGUGACGGCGAGCAGCAUAGGCCUCAUUCUCAAAGAUUGCGGGCUUCGGAUCACCGCCAUCAAGAUUGAUCCAUACCUGAAUGUUGACGCUGGAACGAUGUCUCCAUUUGAGCAUGGUGAAGUCUACGUUUUGGAAGAUGGUGGUGAGGUAAACCUAGACCUUGGAAACUACGAACGCUUCUUAAAUAUAAAACUGACACGUGACAACAACAUAACAACUGGAAAGAUCAUCCAGUCUGUUAUUGACAAAGAGAGGAGAGGUGAUUACCUAGGAAAAACAGUUCAGACUGUGCCACAAGUAGUAGAUGCGAUACAAGAUUGGAUUGAACAAGCAGCUAUGAUACCUGUGGAUGGAAAAGAAGGACCAGCCGAUGUUUGUGUUAUUGAACUUGGUGGGACAAUAGGUGAAUUGAUUGCUAAUUCAGGGGAUUUUGAAUCAAUGCCAUUCUGCGAAGCGCUUGGUCAAUUCUCUUAUCGUGUAGGUCCUGGCAAUUUCUGCCUUGUUCAUGUUAGUCUUGUGCCGGUUCUGAAUGUAGUUGGUGAACAGAAAACUAAGCCAACCCAACACAGUGUUAAAAUUCUUAGAGGGCUUGGAUUGACGCCAAAUUUAUUGGCCUGUCGAAGUACUAAGCCCCUGGAUGAAAUGACCAAGGAAAAGUUGUCACAAUUUUGUCACGUUCAUGCUGAAAAUAUUGUUACUAUCCAUGAUGUGACAAACAUCUGGCAUAUUCCUUUACUAUUGAAGGACCAAAAGGCUCAUGAAGCCAUAUUAAAAGCUCUGCAGCUUCAAGGUGUUGCUGGGGAGCCAGUGUUGGAAGAAUGGGUAUCCAGGGCUAAAAUUUGUGACGAGCUGCACAUUCAAGUGAGAAUAGCAAUGGUUGGAAAAUAUACUGGUCUUGCUGAUUCUUACCUCUCCGUUCAUAAGGCUCUUCUACAUGCUUCUAUUUCCUUAAAUAGGAAACUUGUAGUUGACUGGGUUACUGCUUCUGAUCUUGAAGAUGCUGCUGCAAAGGAGUCUCCAGAAGUUCAUAAAUCAGCAUGGAAUCUAUUAAAGGGCGCUGGUGGUGUGUUGGUUCCCGGAGGGUUUGGAGACGUGGGUGUACAAGGGAAAAUCCUUGCUGCAAAAUAUGCCCGGGAAAAUAAUGUUCCAUUCUUAGGAAUUUGCCUGGGCAUGCAAAUUUCAGUUAUUGAGUUUGCCCGUUCUGUUCUCAAACUGCGGGAUGCAAACAGCACAGAAUUUGAUCCUGAAACAAAAAACCCUUGUGUUAUCUGUAUGCCAGAGUGUUCCAGAACUCAUAUGGGAGGUACGAUGAGACUUGGAUCAAGGAGGACAUAUUUUAGGGUUUCUGACUGCAUAUCUGCUCAGUUGUAUGGCAAAGCUGAUUACAUUGAUGAGAGACAUCGACAUAGAUAUGAGAUAAAUCCUGACAUGAUCAAGGAACUUGAGGGUGCCGGUCUUGUGUUUGUCGGCAGAGAUGAGACAGGUGAAAGAAUGGAGAUUCUUGAGCUGCCAGUACAUCCUUAUUUUGUUGGAGUACAGUUUCAUCCUGAGUUCAAGUCGAGGCCUGGGCAACCUUCAGCACUCUUCCUUGAUUCAAUUCUUCCGCUGAUCUGCUACAUCAGUUGGUAUCAGAAUUUGGAGCUUUUGAAAAAUGACAAACUGCCUAAGAAGAUGGGUUGUUAACAAUGAUGGAAGCCAAAGAAGAUCGGCGGUCAACGAAGUCUUCCAUGCCGAAUAAGAAGGGUGGUCGACAACGAUCGUGAUGAUCGACGCUGUGAAGACCUUUGGGCAGCUCAAGAUUAAUAGCAGCUUCUAGUGGUGUAUUGGGUGACUUAUUAAAGACUUCCAGACAUUCUAAUCUGAAAGAUACAUCAAGUUAACACGAAACUGGCAUCAUUAUGGUAGCGCACACGGACAUUCUAAAGCUUAUUGAAGGGGGGCAGUAUUCUCUGAUGGCUGGCGCUUUCAGGUGUCGAAUGAACUUGUCUCUGGAGCCGAAGUAGCAGCAUCCCUGGAGCAGGCCGUGAGAAGGAAGAGAGUUGCAGCAACUGAAACAGAGAGAUUAUAAAAGGGAAAAGAAGAAAGGGAAGGAACAUAAUAAGAGGUGGCGGCUAGGGUUUUGAGUUGCUUAUAGAAGGAAAAGAGGUCGGGAUAUCCUAAGAGAAUAAUUUCAUCCUCUUAACCUAGAGAAUGAGAUGUGGAGAAUUGGGACCUUAUAAGAUGGACUGCCCUCUAAAGAAAAGAAGCAAUACAAGACCACAGGGAUAUCAGGAGCAGGGUCAAUAAAGAAGAUAUUUGGAACGAAAUAAGGUAGAAAAAAAUCAAUUUUAGGGGAAGCCAUCUGUUCAACUGAAGGCAAAAAUAUUAGAUGUUAAAAGUAAUCAACAUGUGUAAGCUAGAGUAUUUGCUAUCACACCUCAAGAAGCCA